AUGUUAAACUGUGAGAAAAUGAGCAUCUUAGGAUCAUUGAAGUCCAGUGUUCUCUCUAAUCCUUACAGCAGCAAAUCGUCUCCCAUUCAUAGGACGGCCCUCCAUUUGGCCUCUGCCAAUGGCCAUGGAGGCGUGUUGACUCUUCUUCUGGAGCGGGGCUGCCAGGUCGAUGCGCAGGACAGGAAGAAAAGGACGGCGCUAAUCAAGGCCGUACAGUGCGAGGCGGAGGAGUGCGUGGACAUCCUCCUUAAAAGUGGAGCGAACGUCAACACGGCAGAUGUGCUUGGCAACACCGCGCUCCACUAUGCGGCAUGCCUCGACACCGCAUCUAUCGCGGAGAAGCUGCUGUCCCACACCGCGGACAUGGACGUGAAAAAUCACAUGAGGGAAGGAACUGGCCACGAUGACCUGACACCACUUUUAUUUGCCAAGGAAAACAGGCAGCAAAUGGCAGAAUUUUUAAAGGAAAAACAGGCAAAUAUACAUACAGUUGAGAAGAUGAAAAGCGAACAGAAAGACGAAAGGAGACGUGAAACGCCUUUUCAAAAUACCAGCCUGUCUAAGACUUCUGAUUGUGAAACAUCAGCUGUCUACUCAGCAGAAGACAAAGAUGCACAGUCUCUUGAUACGGAGGAAGGGGUGACACAGCCAGAAAUUCAAAAAGAAGAGACUGGUACGGAGACAGAUGGAGGUGACCAAGGUGCUCCAGUGGAGCCAACAGAUGAGAAGAAAUGGACCUCUGUGGAUGGAGCAGACACACCUGACAUGGCUGUGAAAUUACAAGAUCUAUGGAGUUUCAUUUGUUUCAUAUCUGUGUUUAUGAGCUGGUCUGGGCAAGGGAAGGGUACAGCUGAGUGCUACAUGGAUCGCAUGCUUCAGAUACAGGAGUUCCUGAGUUGAAUCCCUAGUAUCUCCAUUAAAAACAAAAAUUGAAAAGCUAAUGUAAUAUAUCUGAAGUCUGUAGCUCCAGAUACCAUAUCCAUUAGUGUUCCUUUUCCAUUUCUGAACUACCGUAAUACAUAGCCAAGAAAUGAACAUGGUUUUCAUAAAGAAAGUGCUUCUUCCCUGUGAAAUUCUUUUGGGCCACGUUAAGUUACAGAAAAAUUCUUCAUAGGAGUUAGACUUCAUGUGUGUGUGUGUGUGUGUAGAGUUCAAAGUGGUCAGUGUUGUCAUUAAUAUCUGUGUGACUGCACCCUCUAGGUGAAGCGUCACCUUUCCCCUUGGGACCGGAGGAAGAUGCACACAGCCCUGGCGAGGAGGUACCAUCUCCUUUUCUUGUUUUUCUUCUUCUUGUAACAUCUAGCCGUCGAGGGUCGCUAGUCCAUAAGCGGAUGGAUGCAUCGCCCCUGCGUCCCGACGUUUGCGUUCUCCCGUCCCAAUUCUUGAGUGCUGUUUUCUAAUCCACAGUGAGUUAAGUUGUUCUGUGCUUUCGGUCUCACCAGGGCACAGUACACUUGUGUUAGUU